UCGAUUGUCCCAAGAAGAUAAUUCACAGAUCACACUCACAUGGAGCAACUUCAUCUUCUCCUUGCAAGCGGUGGCGGAUCCAAGGCCAGCACCACAAUUACUCCCUUCUGCCUCGCUCGAGAUCAUGCGUCCACUUCUUCGCCAUCGCCGGCCGCCGUGGCGGCGCCGGCGCCGCCGCCAGAGGCGACCUCAGGCUCUGAGCAAUCCAUCCAUGGCAGCGGCACCGGCCUGCAAUCAUCGGAAGCAAUGAUCAAGGCCAAGAUCAUGUCGCACCCUCUGUAUCCGUCUCUCCUGAGAGCCUUCGUCGACUGCAAGAAGGUCGGAGCGCCACCGGAAGUUGUUGGCCGGCUCUCCUCCCUCGCCGUCGUCACCGACGUCCCGCAGUACUCCGGCGACCGGUGUCUUCCUGCACAACAGCCGGCGGCUGACCCUGAGCUCGACCAAUUCAUGGAAACCUACUGUUACAUGCUGACGAGGUAUGGGCAGGAGCUAGCGAGGCCAAUCCAAGAAGCUGAAGAGUUCUUCAGGGGCAUAGAGGAGCAGAUCGACUCCUUGGCACUAGGUGCAUAUACUCGCACUAUUUGUCAAUUGAUCAUUGGCUUUUCCCUCGUAUGUAUAUAUAUAUAUAUCUCAUCUGCAGACGAAGACGUUAGCUACGACUACGAGGACGAGGUCGCCGGCGGCUUGCCGGAGAAGAGCGCCGCAUUUGGAGAGAAUGAGGUGACGACGACGACGAGGAGGCACCUCAUGAACAAGUACAGCGGCUACCUGAACAGCCUAUGGACGGAGAUCUCCAACAAGAAGAAGAACAGCACGGGGCAUCUUCCCCGUGACGCUCGCCACAAGCUCCUCCAAUGGUGGCACCUUCACUACAGAUGGCCGUACCCAUCGGAGGCGGAGAAGGCGGCGCUGGCGGAGUCGACGGGGCUGGACAAGAAGCAGGUCACCAACUGGUUCAUCAACCAGCGGAAGCGCCACUGGAAGCCCAAGCCGGCGGCGGCCAUGGACGCCGGGUUCUUGCAAAUGCACCCGCGGUACGGCGCUUCUUCCAGCAGCUCUCCCGCCGCCGCGCUCCGGGUGGAAGACGGAGGAGGACGACGAAGUGCGUAUCAUCCGCGUGGUGGACCGUGAUGCGAGAACACGUAUAUAUGGCGCACGUACGUACGUACGUCGUGUGAUCCACGUAUAGUACGACGCGGGCGCGGCGCCAUCGCCAUGUUUUGCGCGCGAGCGCGGUGCGCGCGGCGGCCGCGGAUCAGAUGCAUAUUCUCCUAAAUAAUUUGCUUGACUAAUGCUAGUAAUAAUGUUAGUGUCUAUCUACAAAGCUGUACUAAUUAACACUAGGGGAAAACUCCA